GCACCCUAAACACUCCGAACUGAUUGCAUAAAUAGCAGUCUUCGUUGAUAUGUACGGCUCACAAGCAAAGCUUAGAUUCUUACCACUUCGUACGUGAAAGUCUACGAGAGAAAAGAAGAGAACGAAGGAGUAUAAGAGCCGCUCCCUUGAGUGGAGAGGAGUGAGUCGAACACCGCCGCUAAACGCCGGAGGAAGAAACCGCCGGACCAACCGUCUCCAAGGAUAGCAGGAUCUCAGUUCGCCGGACUGUGUUUCCUUUCUUUUUACGAUGUCGAAGACGAAACCGAAGGAGGAAGGGGACGCUACUGCCACAGCCGUGCCGCGCUACCUUCUCCACGCCGUCUUGCUGCAACUCCCGUUCGUCGAAGAGAAGGUUAUUUCAAGAAGAUCAAAAUAGAAGUUUCGGUUAGCAGUUAUCGUGAUUUGAGGUGAUGAGUUGGAUGCUUAUGAUGAUUGAUGGAUUGCAUGCGAUUGAGAGCGAAUUAGAAGAUGCCUUAGUCAAACCUAGUCAAGAAAUAAACAUUUAUUUAUUAUGACAUUAGUUUUAUUGUUUUGUUUUGGUUUGCCUGUGCAUUCGGUUAAGAGAUGACCGGAUGUGGCGGUAACACCCAUUUCCCUUAUUAAGACUUCCGAUGUAUCUCUGAUGUUUCAAAUAAAGUUGAUAAUUCCUUUGAAUAAAUCAUUAUUUAAAUGUAUUUUUGGUUGGGGAAAAUGGGGGUGUUACAUCCCUAGACCUCCAUCCCCACAGAAGAAAGGAACUAAGAAGAAGAAAGCUCUAAGCUUUAAAGAAUGGAGACUGGGAGGAUCUCAAGUGAUGACUAAAACACAAUUUGAGGAAAUGAAGCAGAAGAUGACCUCCACACAACAACAAAAUCUUUAUCUGGACCAUGAUGGUCAUGUAAAGGUUAAACAUGGUGGAUCUCUGGAGGAGGCAGAAUUCUGGUUUCACAACAGCAUUGUACCAGGAAAAGAUAUUCAUGAAGGUGUUCUAAACUACCUAGACUGCAAACUCUCACCUGUUUGGGCUUCUUAUCAGAGAACUGGAAAUCUGGUUGGAAUCAGAGAAGAGGUGAAUGCAGAGCUAAAGAGGCUACAAGGACUGGAUGAACAAGCAAGAGCUGAAGCUGCAAAGACUAUUAUGUAAUCAGAUACUCUUGUAAUCCACCUUAAUAAAAGAACAUCUCUGCCUCACACUUUGUAAGGCAAUUCCUCAAUCUCUGUCUUUUCUUUGCUUUCUGUUUGUGUUUCUUUGUUUGCUCUUUGAUUUAUUAUCUGCUAUCUGAAUGUACUAUAC